UGGCGGAGUAGAGUGGGAUUUUAAGUAUUCUGUUGUUCGUAGUUUCGGGUUAUUCUGGGAUUAAAUAUUAUGACUGAUUUAAACAAUCAAGAUAUUACUGAAACAGAGACGGAAUCAACAACAACAUGGAUUUUGCUGCAGAUAGCUGAUUCAGCCUUCCCUACUGGAGGAUUCUCACACAGUUUUGGUUUUGAAUCUGCAACAAAACAUGGCUUUGUAACAGAGUAUAAUGGUUUCAAAGGAUUUUUGCUCUCUUGUCUUCAAAAUGCAGCAUCAUUUAGUCUUCCUUUUGUCAAUGAAUCACACAAGAAUUACCAAACUGUUGACCGGAUCAAAGAGCUGGAUGGAAUGGUUCAAGCAUAUCUCAGUAAUCAUGUAGCAAACAGAGCAAGCAUUAGACAGGGGAACUCCUUACUGGACACGGCUUGCAAAACAUUUGGCUAUCAAGAAUUAAAAAACUUACAGGUCCAACUCGAGAACAAAGGCAUUUUUGGUCACUUUGCUGUUAUGUUUGGCUUCAUGUGUGGCUUGUUAAACCUCUCUGUGAUCCAAACUCAACAACUUUUCCUUUUCUCGACUCUCCGAACGGUAAUCGCUAGUGCUGUGAGACUUGGUAAUAUUGGACCGUUACAGGCUCAAUCCAUCCAAUUUGAAAUGCAGAAGACAGCAGAAGAAAUUAGGAAAAAGUUUGAAAUAUCCACCGUGGAGGAAGCAACAACAACAGCCCCCGUUACUGACUUUCUUCAGGGUGCUCACGACAACUUGUUUUCAAAACUUUUCUACUCGUGACAAGAGCAUAGAUAUGUCGUUAGUUCCGAAUGGCUGGUCGUAAAUGUAGCGCGUCUUGAUAACACUGGGCGAGAUGAAAGAAUUGCAAGCUCUAUGAAGUUUCCACAGUAAAUAACCAGAGAUAUCAGUACGUUUUGUACGGGUUGUGAUCGAAGCAAGAACGUGUCUCGAGCGCCGGAAUGCUACAGCACGCGAAGGACUGCAAGGCAGUGAACAAUUUGGAUAGUCCAGAUAGAUAUAAUAAAGACACACGAAACUGUGUAUUUAAAUUAUUACAAUUGUAUUAGAU